CAAUGUCAACAUGAGUCCAGACGCUGAAGCAUUUUUUUAAAUGUAGCCUGUUACGAGGACUUAUAGGCCUAAAGAUAACUUUACCAUUGAAAAUACGAACGAGAUAUUUUGAACCACGCGCAUUUCCUUUGAAUCGGUCAUGUAUGAUGCAGUUGUGGACUUUACUUUUGUUCUAGCCUAGUUGUUUACGUGCCAGAUACCGAUGUCAGUGCCCAGUCAUGAUGUUGUGAUCAUAGGGGUUUGGACACGAGUUCAAGUAUUUGUCUGUGUUAGUAUACUUUUGAAUCAGCUUUCAGUUGCCACAAUUGAACUCCAGUGGUAGGAAUUAUUUUGGUUCAGGACAACCACUCAUAAAUGGAAUGGAGAUUGUGCGGAACAGCUGCAUUAUUCAAAAUUGUAAACAUCGUCCGAUCGUACUGGUGCUGUCCGAGAUCUUUCGUCUGAUUCUAGGGGUGUGGAGCUGAAUUCCACAAUGACACAUGUAACCGUAAAUUACAUAGUGGUGCACUGUGCAGUGAAAAAAUUGACUUAGAAUCUGAUUUUGAAUUCGGAGAACAUUGUCAGCAAUUAACACAUAAUGUAUUUGAUAUUACAAUUAAGACUGAGCUUUUUGCUCAUCGUGGAUUCAAUGAUCCUUCCCAGUAAUAGAAACAAGAAAACAGAGAGGGAACAAUCAUAUCAAGAUUUGAAUGUUCUUGGAAUCCAUGUUUGUAUAUUUUGCUUUAUACAUGAUAGCAGCAAAAACAAAUUGCAGGCAGUUAGUAAAUCACUGGACACAGAUGGCUUGAUUCCAAGAAAACAUGUAAAUUCUGGGAAAGCUCCACAUAAUACACUGUUCAGGAAUGACAGACACCAUAUCACAACAUUUUUGACCAAUAUGCUAAUGGCAAUGCAUCACCUAUUCCUGGUACACUACCAAUUUAUAGAUCAGAAAAGCUGCUUCUUGCACGCUCUGAUACAUUUGCUUGUGUCUGUACAUAACCAUCAUGAAACUAUGUACAGACUUAUGCAACUUGUGUCAAAAUUUUUUUCACACAAAUUAUCUCUGACUGGUACAGCAAAUGAUGAUGAGAAGAUACAAGUCUUGGAGGAAUGCAGCAACUGUUUCAACAAACAGAGACCCUAUACAGACAGCAAUGCACAGAAAACAAAGAAAAGUUAUUGCUUCCAGAAGAAAUUAGAAGGUAAUUUGCCCUGUUCUACAGAGGGAGCUUUCCAUUACUCCUGGGAUUUUGCACUGCAAAUUCAUUUUACCCAUAAGGUUCAGCCAGUUGGCCCUAUCUUCUUUAAGACCCCAAGAAAGUUUUUUUGAGGAUUCAGCAUCAUGGACAUAGAAAAAACAUGGUCAACAUCCAUUUUGGUAACUGUUGUUGACAGAAUAAGAACAAAAUUGUGCUGUGGUAUGCCCUUUGGAGAGUCUUACUAGGUCUUCAUGUUGUCAUCCAAUACUCCAUGAUGAUUGCUGGCAAUGCAAUGUUUGAUCCAGACUGGCAUUUUGGUGUUUGGAAGUUAAGCUUUAGGUCCAGUCACGUUGAAAUUCUAGAGAAGAUUGCCAAGACAUAUUUCUCAUGUAGUAGACAUAACAUUCGACAGUUUGUGAAAGAUAAGGACAGACCAGCAAUGUGUAGAGACUUGAAGUCAUAUUUAAAACAACAUUUCAGGCCUUUGAAAACUUUAACAAAAUACCAUCAUUUUUUCUUUGUUGACUCUGCUAAGCCAGGAACAGCGUUUUCCAAGGAACCUAAUGAUUCUCCCACAUUGUUAUGUAUUAUGCAUGUGCUAUCUGUUCCAUAACCAAAGAGAAACUUGGACUUGUUAGGAAUUGUAUUACUGAUCACUUUUGAAUUAAUAUUUGUUUGUGUUGGCAGUUGAUGUCAGACAAUUAAAAAACAUAUGCACAUA